UAAUAGUUUAGUUAUAAUUAUUUUGUAAUAAUUAUUCGUCAAUGAAACCUUGAAAUUUUGUUUCCAUUCGCGCAUCAGUUUCUAUUCAACCACAUUUACGAUAAUAUUGUCCAUGAGUCAACACUGCCACCACCACGGACAUCAUGACCUAGCAAUUUUCAGUUUGGUUCAGUCCAUCUUUGAAAUCAAUUAGGACACGUCUAAGAAAUCAGCUUCCUAUCGUCUUUUAUAUUUUUGGAAUUGUUAUCGAGGGUGAAGUAUUGGUAUCAAUUAUCAAUCGUUGAUAAUGGACAUUCUUAAUAACGAACCUAUUGGGCGGCCUUCCACACCAGAUCCACAAUGUUCAAUUUGUUUGAAUGAAUUAACCAAUAAAUGUUAUACCAAUGCAUGUGUGCAUUUAUUUUGUUUUGAUUGUUUACAAUGGUGGUCAAAUACGUGCUUACAACGAUGUUCACGAUCAGAACCAACUUGUCCAUUAUGUAAGCAAACUUUCAGAUACAUUUAUCAUUCAUUUGAUGAUCUAGGCGCCUUUGAAACAUAUACUGUUCCUAUACAACCGAGUCCAAGCCUAGCAAAUGAACAGGAAUUUAGGCGAAUAUCAUAUAUAAACAGAAUGAUUGUGCAAAGUAUUUUAAGUAUGGAACAUGAAAACCGCACAAGAAUGAGAGCCUUAUGGAGGAGAACUGUGGACGAAAAUUAUCAUCAAUUAAAUCAUCACCCAUCAAACUAUGCAUUCAGAAAUCCCAUUUUAUCAAUCAAUGGUCAAAGUGUAAGAAUACAAGUGUAUAUUGAUAAUGUGUGGGCUGUACCAUUACCUAAUACAGAUGGCCGUUUUAGACAUGGUACCACAGCUUUCUAUCGAAUUAAUCCAACACAAAUGCAAAGAUUGCGUACAUUCAUUACACGAGAUAUUGUGGCUAUAAGGGAAUCUGUAAGAUUAGAGGGUCAGCCCAUGCCUUUCCCUGACAACUCUGAUUUUAAUGCGACAAAUUUGAUAAUGCAAUCACUUACAAUUUGUGAAAUAAGACAGUUACAUUUACUUCACAACUUAAGGCAAUUUUUGAGUGUGCAUGCAGUACAUUUUUGCCAUGAACUAUAUAAUUUUGCUCAUAGUUCAUUUGAAAUUAGUGACUAUGAUAACAAUGUUCAAUAUAGUCAUCCGCCGCAUGAUAGUGAAUUGACUACUUUAUUUUAUCAAGUACAACUACCACCAAUCCAUAUUGUACUGGAUUCAAAUAAUGAAGAACUUCAAAGACCAAAUAUAAUAGAUGAUAAUUCUAGCACCAAUAACUCUGAUGUUGAAGUUCUAAGUGACUCCUUCAGUUCUACCGAUCCACAUAAUUCGGCCUCUAUUAACCAACCAUCUACAUCUACUGGAAUUCGAGAUUCAUUAGAUAGACCAAACACAAACAAUAGUUUUCAAACCGUAAAUGAUGGUUUAUCUCAAGUGUCAUAUUCAUCUCAAGUAAAAAGAGGCAGGCCCAAUAGAGAGUCAUCAUCAGAUGAUGAAGAAUCAAUAAUUGCUACUCAAGGUUCCCAAACUGCUAAUUUAAAAACUCGAGAUGUUAAUAACAAAAAGAAAAAGAAGACCAAUGAUUCAUGGUCUGAAAUCAGUAAUCAAAGUACCAACCGAAAUCGUUUAUAUCCAGGAUCAUCUUCAUCUUCGGAAGAAACAGAUAUAAGACCUAUUAACAGUUGUAUUCUACCGAUAAAGUAACUAGUAUUAAUUUAUCAAAAGAAAGAAUGUAAAAUAUAUAUUACGUUAUCACAGCAGAAAUUAAAAUUGUCAAUCUAAGUAAACAGGAAUAGACAAUUUAUGUAUAUGAUUUUAUUUUAUUUUUUCUAAUUAAAUAAUUUAUCUUUAAAUAUGUAUAUUUGAUGCCUUAACAUAAAAACAAAUGUAUGAUA